AUGUCUGCUGCUACUACUACUACACCUGUUGAUUUCGAAGAUUCAUUGUUUGAAUCUCACGAAAUGAUCAAUGAAAAGAUGAUUGAGCCAAGAAAGAAUGUUACUCCAGCUACUGCUGCUGCUACUGCUACUGCUACUGCUGCUGUUUCAUCUGAGGUUAAUCAGGAAAAGGAAGUUGCAUCGCCUUUUCAAAUCCACUCGAGUGUAUUGGAAUCCGUUUUCAGUACUAACUUGGAUGGUAAAGAUGCUUUAUUAGAUCAUACUCCUAUGUUUGAUGAAUUAGAUUUCAUCAUGGAUGGUGCCAAGGUCAAUUCCAAGGAAGAUUGGGUCGCUCUCUUUGGCGGCGAUGGAAAUGGAGAUGAAGGAGAUGCCAUGUUUCCCACUGCUGAAGGUGAGGGUGAGGGUGAAUUUGGUCCAAUUCUUUCCUUGGAUGACGGUGCUACCGCUGGUGCUGCUGUAUGCGAUGAAGAUUCAAUUGUUCCACAUGACGAAGUCUUGGAGGCUUUGUUGAUUGAACCAUCUCCAAACGGAUUAUCCGAUGAUACCAUUUCUGCAGCUACUACUUCAGCAUCCAGUCCUGAUUUAAUUAGCACUGUUGCUACUAGUGUUGCCCCUUCAACUUCACACAAGAGAUCAUUCAGAGAAGUCGACUCUUUUUCUGCUGGUGACUAUGACGACAGAGCUAAAAGAUCAACUCAUCAUCAUCACCAAUCACAGUUGUUCACUCCUAACCCAUCAUCUACUUUACCUACACCUCAAUUGGACAUGAAGAAACCAGGAUCUACCAAGAAGGUUAAAGUUGAUCAUUUGGGAUGCGUCACCUAUUCCAAAAAACAAAGAUCACAAACUUUGGAACCGAUAUCUUUUGAUGGUAUUCAAGAUUCUGCAGCUUUGAAAAGAGCCAAGAAUACUGAAGCUGCAAGAAGAUCAAGGGCGAGAAAAAUGGAAAGAAUGGCACAAUUGGAAGAAAAAGUCGAAGAUUUGAUGAAUGAAAAUUCUAAAAUGUGUGAUGAAGUUGAACGAUUAAAGGCUUUACUUGGAGCUAACGGAAUUGCUUAUUAA